AUGCCCAAGGAGAAGACCACCUCCCGCAAGACCAAGGCCGCCAAGGCUGACGGCAAGAAGAAGAAGGAUCCCAACGCGCCCAAGCGUGGCCUCUCUGCCUACAUGUUCUUCGCCAACGACAUGCGCGAUAAGGUUCGCGAGGAGAACCCCGGCAUCAAGUUCGGUGAGGUCGGCAAGAUCCUGGGUGAGAAGUGGAAGGCUCUUUCCGACAAGCAGCGCGCUCCCUAUGAGGCCAAGGCUGCCAACGACAAGAAGCGUUACGAGGACGAGAAGGCUGCCUACAAUGCCGGCGGCGAUGACGAGGACGAGGCAUCGGAGUAA